AUGAUUCCUACCUGGCUAGAGAAACCAAAAUCGCCAUCUUUGUCUACACGGAGUUCUAACCAGGGCGUCGAAGAAAUCAUCUGUAACCUGAAGGAUGUAAAUAAGAAGCGGAUUAAGGACAGACACGAAUUGACAGAAGCAAAGAGGGAAAUAGAGAACCUGAAAGAGGAAUUGGAGGAACUUCGGAGGGAGGUAAGGGCAGGAAAGAAGAAUGACAAGGAUGCUGGCCACUCAGGAAAGAGCACUCAUAAACAUGAGAAGGAAAACCAGAAUGCACGAAGCAGAACUAGGGACGCUGAAGGAAUCGACGAACGCGAGGAAAUAGGAGGGAGUCUGGAGGAAACAGAGGAGACUCCCGAAUGGGAACCAAACGAUGUACUGGAAAAUCCAGAAAUAAUCGAGGAAAUAAGAGAGAUCAUUGAGAAGAAGAAGGAAAACAAACUGCGGCGUUGGAAUGAGAAAAUUAAAAGAAGGUUAAAUCGAGAAGCGAAACACGAUCCAAUGUGGGAUGAACUUCGCGAAGAACUGUUAAGAGAUUGGCAAAAACUCUCUCGUUCACAGGUCAUUUCAGAGAAUGAAAUAAAAGACAUACUUCAGGAUGUGGAGGAAAUGUUUAUUAAUAGUGAACUUGAGGUGGAAAAGGAGGAAAUAGGAGGGAGUCUGGAGGAGACAGAGGAGACUCCCGAAUGGGAACCAAACGAUGUCCUGGAAAAUCCAAAAAUAAUCGAGGAAAUAAGAGAGAUCAUUGAGAAGAAGAAGGGAAACAAGUUGCGGCGUUGGAAUGAAAAAAUUAAAAGAAAGUUAAAUCGAGAAGAGAAACACGAUCCUACGUGGGAUGAACUUAGGGAAGACCUAAGGGAUUGCCAGAAACUUUCAAGUUCACAGGUCAUUUCAGAGGAUGAAAUAAAUGACAUACUUCAAGAUAUGGAAGAAAUGUUUAUUAAUAGUGAACUUGAGGUGGAAAAGGAAGAAAUAGAAGGAGGGAGUCAGGAGGAAACAGAGGAGACUCCCGAAUGGGAACCAGACGAUGUACUGGAAAAUAUAGAAAUUAUCGAGGAAAUUAGAGAGAUCCUUGAGGAAGAGAAGGCUGAAAGGCGCUCUAAAAGAAGGUGGGAAAAGAACGCUUGGAAAUCCAUCAUCCGGGAACAUAAGGAGAGAAAGGCCAACGAAAGGGUCGAUAAAAAGCUGAUUAAGCAGCAAUUACUCUCUAAACAACGGAAAGAAAAGGAGAGGAGAAAGGUUAUAAGGGAAGUUGAAAAAAGGUGGAUUAGCGCACUCAAGAGAAAUCUCACGGAGCGACUAGAGGAAAGGAAACAGAAAAGAAGAGAUGACAGAUUGAGGAAACUGAGAGAGUUGAUCGAGUUUGUCAAGCAAGAACGUAAGAUAAUGAAGUACAAACGCAGGGCUGAACAAGAAUGGCUAGAGAGAGAAGCCAGGUCUUUGGCAUUGUAUGACCAUCAAGUAAGGAUGGAAGAACGAGAAAAGAAAAAGGAAGCAAAAAGAGCUUUCAAGCAGGAAUUGAAGGAAAGGAACGCCAAAUUGAAGGCUGAAAAGGAUAGGCUCAGAGAAACACGUGCCAAGUUAGAGGAAGAACACAAGAAGAAGAAAAAUAAAGCAAAACUUGAAAAAAAGAGGCUAAUGAGCGCUUUAAAAGAUCUCAAGAGACGGAAAAGAGACCUGGGGAGAAAACGAAAACCCAAAAGGUCUGAAGUAGAAUUGCAAAUGCAUGAUUACAUUUGGUUCUUUUUGAGGAAUCCUGCACUGAUCUCUAUGUAUUUGAGAAAUGGUCCACUAAAGCGUAGGAAAAAGAGGAAAACAGCUUCGAAGGCCACAGAUUCUCAAAAGGAUAUUUGGGUAUGGAAGAAGAAUUCAAGAGGAAAAUUUGUAUUGAUAGAAAGGAAGAGAAUAGACAGCACUGAAGGCAGGAGGACUGAAAACAGUUUGGGGCUAAUGUGA